AUGGUGAUCUGUAUUGUAAAGAAAGUACUGAUAGUUAUGGGAAUGGAUAUGUAUAUUCAAAUGUGAAGGGAACUAAUGGAACCUGUAUUUACGGAUACCGUUCUGAUUGUGAUUGCAGAAAAGGUACUUGUGAUAAAAAAGCAUCUCCACUCAAAGAACAAGAAAAGAAGUUCAUUGAUCGUUAUUUGCCCUAUUUCGAGAAGCGUAAAAAGUAG